GCCAGUUGAGCUGAAGCUCCGGCGGCGAGUUCAUCUCCGAUUUCUAUUCGACGUGUUAAUAUUACACCAUCUACCUACACGGCAAUUGAACAUGUUCGGCACGAAGUUGCAGAGGAGAACGUUGGAUUUGAGAUACAAUGAGAUGUGGAACGAUUGGGACGGUAUGGAUGGACACAGAACGCCGGAAGAAGAGUUCGUUCAUGGAAACUUGGUGUUGUCUUGGAAAAAAAUUAAUGUACAUGUGAAACAAAUUACCCAAAAGUUUUUCCAGCGAUCAAAAAUCUCGUACAAGCAAAUAUUACACAACGUUAGUGGAAACGUACAAUCUGGAAAACUUCUAGGAAUUAUGGGUCCAAGUGGUUCAGGAAAAACUACAUUGAUGGCAACCAUCAGUCAUCGAACUAAAGGACAAUUUGAUGGAGAAUUAUUGCUUAACGGACAGCCAGUAUCUGAAGAAGUCAUGAUUAAGAUAUCUGGUUUUGUUCCACAACACGAUAUCAGUUUUGAUCAGUUGACAGCAUUAGAGCACUUGACUCUGAUGGCGAAAUUGAAAGUUUCUCGCAAAAUAACCAAAAUAGGAUUGAAAGAACAUAUUGAUAAAAUAAUUUCCAUGUUGGGCAUGGCUAAGUUCUUGGACACUAGAAUAUCGUUUUUGUCUGGAGGUGAACGGAAAAAAAUUGCUCUCGCAGUUCAACUAUUAAACGACCCACCAAUAUUAUUUUGUGACGAAAUAACAACAGGUCUGGACAGUUACUCGGCCGCCCACAUUGUGAACACUUUAAAAGGUGUCGCACGAAUGGGUAAAAUUGUGAUAUGCACCAUUCAUCAACCGGCGUCUGGUGUAUUCGGAAAAUUCGAUGAAGUAAUAUUGUUAUCGAAUGGACUGUUAGCAUAUCAAGGGCCUGUCACCAUGGUCCGUCAGUUAUUUCAAAAGUUCAAUUAUGAAUGCCCUGAUAUGUUCAACGAAGCUGACUUUGUGAUUUCUAUUCUUAAUUCCGAAAAUGAAAAUGUAAAAAAAAAUGUAAUUGAAAUGUGCAAGUUAGCUUCAACAGACCAAAUAACGAAUCAAAAUUAUGAUUUAUUUAAUAAUCAGACUAAAUUUGAUACUCAACAUUUAGAAACGUUAGAAACACUAAAACCAACAUGGCCAACACAGUUCUAUUUGAUUUUGGAUAGAUCCAUCAAAUGCUUUACAAGAAAUUACAAGAAUAAUCUACUGGAACUGGGAACUAUUUGGUUUUUAGGUAUCAUUAUUUCUGCUCCAUUUUCGAAUCUGCAGCUCGAUAMAAAUGCAGUACAAAAUUGGCAAGGUUUUUGGUUCAUAUUUGUCAUUAACUAUGUGUUCCACUUCAGUUAUUCUGCUAUUUCAAUAUAYCAAGUUAAAUUUGCAGUUGUUCAUCGAGAAGUUCACAACAAAGUAUAUCCAUUGAGCGCAUAUUUCAUGUCUGAAUUGAUGAUAAUGGGUUUGUGGAUGGUGGUAAAAAUGGUAUUUUACUGUGUAUCUGCGUUUUGGAUUGUUGGUGCUAAUUGGAGUAAAUUGCAAUUGUUGGUGUUCUAUUUAUUAKCGCUUGCAGCCUUUUCGUAUGGAAGUUUGUUGUCAGCAUAUUUUAAUCGCAUAGAAAACACUAUGAUUUUUGCUACAAUAUAUGAUUUCCUGUCGUUGCCUUUCAGUGGUGCUUAUCUAUCAUAUAUGUCUAUUCCAAAAAACAUAUAUUCUCUCAGAUACUUUUCGCUAUUCUUUCUUGGUUGCGAAACAGCAUCAGUUUUAUUUUGGGGCAAAAUUAAAUCUUUACCGUGUAUUGAUGUUACUAAUUGCUUGAAUAGCGGAAAAGCAGUGUUAAGUAAAUAUGGCUUUGUAAGUAGUGAAUUAUAUUCAGACAUGGUGAUAUUAGUUAUACUUAGCAUUAUAUUAAAUAUAUUUGGUUACUUUAGUGUUCUUAAAAAAAUGAAAAAACAACCAGCCUAUUAAAAUGUGUA